AUUACUGCAUCUAAACGCAAGUUUAAUUGUAUGGCUCAAAAAACAAGAAAUUAAACAAAACAAAAUGGAAGUCUCAAGUCAAGUCCACGGUUCACCCUACCAAUGUACAAUAUACCCAACAAAGAACCAUUUGGUCAUAUGUUAGGAUUGAAUUUGGAGGUUGCAGCUAUGAAGAUAGAAAACCACCAUAUUAUGCCAAAGAAGAAGCUGGAGAUGUUUGAAAUCCUUAAAGAAGCUAUACUUAUCCCCUGCAAGAACAUCAACUUCAUCUUCUUCGAGGUAAUCACCUCUCUUCCUUUGUUUUGCUUCUUGGUAUACUAUGAAAUUUUGCUCCAAACAACUCUUUUGGAAACCUCACAGAUCCUCAGAACACCCCCGGGUUACAUAAACUACAAUUGGCCUAUACCAUUUCAUUACAAAAAACUGAAUUGGGAAUUUUCCCAUAGGCUGAUUCAGUUGACCCUUCUUUAUUUGCUGCCUCUUCAUGUCCUUGAGCUCUGCUCUGUACUUGUGACAGUUGACUUAGCAUCUAAGAUAUAUGCCAAAGAGAAAUCAUUGACUUUCAAAGAAAUGAUACAGAAACCAAUUCAGAAAACAAGGUUGACAGGCACUUUUAUCACAUCACUCUAUGUUCUUUUGUUGUCAACAUGCACUCUGCUGGGGUUAAUAUGGUUAGUAACAAACUACUAUGUGGAUUUGGGGAACUUCGUUUUCGAUGUAUUCUUUGACAUAUUUUAUGGAGCAGCUUUUAUUGUGUUGCUGAUAAAGUACUUGGAAUGGACUGCUAUGUGGAACAUGAGUAUUGUAAUUUCAAUCAUGGAGGGUUUAUAUGGGCAUGAAGCAUUGGCAUUCUCUGCAUAUUUUAUAAGAGGCAGCGAACGCCGAGGACUUCUGUUGAUGCUUGUUUUCUUUGUUUGGGGAAAUGGUUUACGUUUGCCAUGCCUCUAUGCCAUAUGCUUUGAAGGAGGGAAUGGAAUUAUAGCACAAAUUAGCUUGUUCUGUGUGUGUAAUGUGAUAAAGUGGAUAGCUUGCAUGGUAUAUUUCUAUGACUGUAAGGUGCGAAUUUUAGAAAAGAAAGUUGAUGAGGAAAGAGGAGGAAAGGAUGAGCAGUUGACAAACAAGCAAUGUGUGAAGAAAACCUGACUGCUUUAAGUUUAAAGCGAUUAUGAAAGCAAAACAAUUGUACCCUGUCAAAAGACUCAAUAACAGUGCCACGUAAUAUGAAAAUAUGAAUUUAAAGCAUUAUCAUUAAUAAAUGAUAUGCUAUAUUUACUACUUAUAAACUAGCAUUGUAAAUUCCAAUUUCCACUAGAAAACAUGCUUUAUCGCUUCAUAAUAAUUUAAUGGGAUAAUGUCUUAUAUGGCCCCUAAAUUAUUGUAGUUUGUUAGAUUUUGUACCUAAAUUAAAAAAAUU